CAAUAUGCAAGUGGUAACGUGGCUGUGCAGCGGAAUGCUCCUGCUUGUCCAGGGUUCACCCUUGGAGAUUGAUUUCAACAAGCCCCCUCCUACGAGCGGCUUGCUUUUUCCCCAAGACUCGGAGACCAGGGAAGUGCGAUCGCUAGACGGAAUCUGGCAUAUGGUUAAGGGUUCUUCUUCUGGCCUAAUCAACAAGGACAACCAGGAGAAUUUGUUCGAGAAGGGUCUCAGCCAGUCGGGUCGCCAUUUGAUUCCCAUGGCGGUGCCCGCAUCCUAUAAUGACAUCACGGUCAGUCGAUCACUGCGUGACCAUGUGGGUCCAGUUUGGUACGAGAGAAGCUUCUUUGUGCCCUCCUCCUGGGAUCGAAGGCUUCGAACGUGGCUCCGAUUCGGAAGUGUCCACUACCGCGCCGAGGUGUGGAUCAAUGGGCAGCACGUCGUCCGUCACAGCUCCGGGGGAUUGCCCUUUGAGGCGGAGGUGGGUGGCGUUGUGAACUUCGGGGCCGAAAACAGACUGACUGUUAUGUGCGACAACAGACUGGAUAACUUAACUAUUCCCCAAGGAGAGCUCCAUGAAGAUGGUGAUGACACAUCCAAGAGAACCCGGCAAGAAUAUGGUUUUGACUUUUUCAACUACGCUGGGAUCCACAGGAGUGUUUUGCUGUACUCCACGCCCCUGGUCUUUAUCAGCGAUGUCUCCGUGUCCACAGAAUACACCUCGAGGAAAGUGGGCAUCGUCAAGUAUCGGCUGUGGAUAGCUGGAAAGACCACAACUAAGUGGCGGAGAAACUACUACUUCCGUGUCCAGUUGCGUGAUCAACAGGAUGAAGUGGUGGCCCAGCAGGUUAGCAGGCAUCCCUUUAAGGGUAGACUGCGCGUUCAUCAUGCCCGAGCCUGGUGGCCCUAUCUCAUGGAUCAUGAGCCAGGCUAUCUUUACCGACUCAAAGUGGAGCUCUUCGAAGGCGAUUCGGAGAUUGAAGAGACAUCAGAUGAUGACCGGCUGGAUGUCUACCGGAUGUCGGUGGGAAUUCGCAGCCUUAAAUGGGACAACAACAGCCUGCUCCUAAAUGGCAAAUCCCUGUAUCUGCGAGGAUUUGGCCGCCACGAGGAUUCGGAGAUCCGCGGCAGGGGUCACGACAAUCCUCUGAUGCUGCGGGACUUCAACUUGCUCCGAUGGAUAGGAGCGAAUGCCUAUCGCACGUCCCAUUAUCCCUAUUCCGAGGAGUCCAUGCAGUUUGCCGACGAGCAGGGCAUAAUGGUUAUAGAUGAGUGCUCGGCGGUGGACUUAGAGGGCUUUCACCCAGGCCUGCUGCAGAACCACAUGUCGGCAAUGGAGCAGCUGAUCCACAGGGACAGGAACCAUCCAAGUGUCAUCGCCUGGUCGCUGGCCAAUGAGCCCAGCUGUACGUUACAGUCCGCAGAAUACUUUAAAUCCUUGGUCAAUUACACUCGGAAUUUGGACCAUGGUCGUCCUUUAACGGCUGCCCUUGCAACGCCAACUGAUGAAGCGAGUAAAUGCGAGCUCGCUGGAUUGGUGGACAUUUUGGGCUUCAAUCGGUAUAAUGGUUGGUACUCAACUUCUGGCAGGCUAGACAGAAUCACAGGUCCCGUAGAGACUGAGGCCACAAUGUGGCAUAAUCUGACCAACAAGCUGGUGAUUAUGAUGGAGUACGGCGCGGAUUCCAUCGAGUCGUACCGAUCGUUGCCUUCGCUUAUGGGUUCCCCUGACUUCCAGCGGCAACUAUAUUCCCAGCACUUUCAGGCAUUCGACAAGUUGCGGGAGAAUUCUUGGUUCAUCGGGGAGUUUGUGUGGAACUUUGCCGACUUCCAAACGGCCCAGUCUUAUACGAGGAUUGGUGGCAAUAGGAAGGGCAUCUUCACCAGGGACCGGCAGCCCAAGGAAAUGGCCUAUGUGCUGAGGCGACGCUAUUUUGGCCUGGCCCACAAACUGAACCAGGCCAAGAUGCCGACGGAUCUGGAGGAAUAUGUAGUGGGCGAAAGCAAUCCUUCCAAGCAAGCCGAUCACGAGUCUGGAGAGGAUAUUGAUAUGUAUUAGUUACAAAAUACAUGGUGGAAUUUAUUGAGACUCUGAA